UGUUAGCAUAUAUACUGAACUGACACGCUAAACUAAGAUGGUCAGAAUGCUAACAUUAGCAUUUAGCUCAAAGCACCACUGUACGUAAAUGCAGCUUCACAGAGCUGCUAGCAUGACUGCAGGCUCUUAGUCCUGUUUAGAUAUCAUUCAGCAUCAAUGUGAGCAGGUACCUACACUCGCUGCACAUCAAAUUCAAGGAGACUUCAAUGACAUUCAAGGCCUUGUUUGGUGGAAAGAGUCAAACUUGUGAUCCCUUUCAGUACAUUCAAAACCACCACUUGUGUUUUUAUAUUUCAUUCUCUCAAUUCACAGACUUGUAAUGAUUUAGAAGACAUUCCUAUAGGAGAUUAUAGUGUGCGUCACUCUGCCAUGAGUGAAAGUUUGGACUUGUAGCAGCUUUCAGGGUCUUUCUAACAUUUCCUCCAGGAUCCCUGCAGCUCUUUUUCUGGCUGGGGAUAAACCAGGCGGGGCUAUCAGCAGAUAUGGCUGCCCUGUCAUUUAGGAGCCACACCACAUAAUCCUGCAAGACAGCAGGUUUAGGGUUUCAAAAAAAAAAUCAGUGGGACUAUAUAGUGCAUAGCUGCAAUUGGAGCAGAAGGCACAUUCCUGAGCCGGAGAGUGAUUUUGAAACAGUCACCAAAAUGUCGCUGCUUUGUUGUGCGGAUGAUGAUUAAAAGAGGCCACAGCCAGCUGACUGCUCCUUAUAAUUUGAGAGUCUAUUUCUGGGGAUGCUGAUGGAUCAAAAAGGGAAAGUGUGUUCCAGAUGUGGGAGCUGCUCUCCUCCUCCUCCUCCCACCUCCAAAAUAUAUGACCGGGUGGAGGGUGGAGGGGAGGUUGUGAGUGAGUGGAGGAGAAAUUUGGCAAGUGCCCUCGAAAAGAAACAGAAGGAGAGGAGAUGAUUUAGUUUUAGAGAAGCAGUGGAGGAGAAACAACGCUGAUCUCCAGACUGCCGAGAGCUCAUCACGAACAGGAUGAGGAUGGAGGUUUUAUUUAGGAUGAAGACUGUUGGGGUCGUUAUGUUGGUGCUGUGUCUUCAUCAGAUGUCCUUUUCUUCUGCUCAGGAGUGUCCAUCCACCCACGACCUGCUGAACUCGCUGAGGCAGGUGGAGAAGAUGUUGGCGGUCCAUGAGGCGUCGUACCAGCAGGGUCUGCGCUCCCUCAGGAAGAAGAUGAGCGCCCUGCACAACAGCACCAUGGCCAUCUUUAAGGCCAGCGCAUCCUGCCCCAAACCAGAACCCCCCGCUCACGGCCGCAGACUGGGCAGGGUGUUUGGCGUCAGACACGAGAUCCACUUCCUGUGCAAGCCAGGCUACGAGCUGAUUGGCCCACGGACCCGAGUGUGCCUGGAGUCUCUGAAGUGGAGCGGCCAGCAGCCAAUGUGCAGACGCCUCAACAUCACCGGCAACUCCCUGGCCUCCUUCUCUCCCGAUGCUCCUUCCUCUUCCCUCCCUGUCUCUGCUGCUCUGUCAGCAUCCUCCUCCUCUUCCUCUUCAGCAUCACCACCUCCUCCCGUCUCCUCUUCAUCACCCACGUCUUCACCCCCCUCCUCCUCUGUCCGUCCGUCUCACUGCACUCACUUCCUGGGCUCCACCCGCUGCACCUGCGACGUGGGUUUCACCAUAUCAGGCCGCGACAAUAACAUCUGCACAGAUAUCGAUGAGUGUCGUCUGUUUCCUCUCGGUCAGCCCGGCCGGCUCUGCGUCCAUCAGUGUGUAAACACUCCCGGCAGCUUCCACUGCUUCUGUCCAGCCGGCUACGAGCUCGCCAGAGACGGCCGCAGCUGCGCAGACAUCGACGAGUGUGAAAACCGCAUGCACAACUGCACAGCAGACCAGGUGUGUGUGAACACCUACGGAGGUUUCCAGUGUGUGACGGUGGAGUGCCCUCACGUGAAAAACGCCACGUACAUCAAGACGUCACCAAUGCGCUGUGAGAGGAACCCGUGCAUGCUGGGAGACAAGGGAUGCACUCAGGCGCCAAACUCCAUCUCCUUCCACUUCCUGUCUGUGGUGUCUAACAUGUCAGCCCCCCGCGUCCUCUUCCGGGUGUCGGCGGCCCGUGUGCUGGGCGACACGCUGCGUUUCGGCCUGGCGGGCGGACGUGGGCGGGGCCACUUCAGCGUGCAGCGCUCGGGCCGGCAAACCGGCACCCUCCUCCUGGUGACGCCCAUCAAGGGUCCUGCCACUCUGGAGGCUGAGGUGGAGAUGAGCGAGCUGGAGCGCCACUCCCUGCUGGGGCGCUACCUCACCAAGGUCACCCUGUUCGUCUCUCCGUACGAGUUUUAAGGGGACGAUAGAUGGGGGGGUUUGGUGCCAAUUAUUGACUCAGUUAUACAAGUUUACCCAAACAGAAAGAGCCUAACGAACUUUUACAGUCCAACUGAAAUCACAAACGUCAUCAUUUUUAGAAGUUAAUCAAGUCAAAGGGAUUUUUUUUAAUUUAUUGUUGAUAUUUUUUAUUAUUGAGAGGCAGAAAAAAGGUCUUCGUAAAAACAUCAGAAAUGCUCUGAGUGGGCGGAGGGGAGGGGGGCGAUGUACAUUGUUGAUUGACAGUAGCUGCAGUUUGUGGGCUGUCAUAAGUGGGAAUUGAUUUUGAAGAUGGUUAUGUUAUGAAUGCAGGGCAGGAAGCAGAACCUCAUACGGGGGCAAACCGCUUGAGUGUUUUUGUAGGUGACUUACUGCAUCUGUUAAACUUCUUUAAAAAAACGAUGUAUUCUGUAUAUAAAUGUAGCCAUGUUCACUGGUCAGGAGAACUGGAGUCUGUUGCUGUUUUACUCGUGCAGAACAGACUAAAGGCAACUGAUGUCGUCGUGCUGAUCAGAAAACACUUACACGUGUCGUUGUAGAGGGCAUGGACAAACUAUGUCGUUUAGAUUGGAGGACUCGUUGAUGAUUUGAUCUGUAUCUCAUCGUUAUGAAAUGAAGAUCUCGUGUUUAUUAUUUAUCGGAAUUACAAGAAAUCGUUUCCAUUUUUUUGGUGACUGCAGUAAACUUCCGUACUGUUGGAAUCCACUGCGCUCGCAUGUAUUCGAGGUGUUUUACAGCCGACUAUGAACAUUUUCCCCACUUUCACAUGUGUGAUACUACAGUGUGGGCUAAUGAUUAUUUUAUUAUUCCUCCGAUGCAUCAUCAUGACAGUCAGGUCACAGAGCUAAGCAUCGGUUUAUCGUCUUUUCAAAACGAUCUAAAGAUCACUUUGAGCAGCCAUCUUUGUUUGGAAACAAAGAGUCACAACUUGGGAAACGUGUUAAACACCUUUUUUAAUUUUUAUUCUGCAGCAGAUUGGAUAUGUUUUAAUGCAGAUGGUUAGGAGUCUAACAGUAAGAGUUUCGAAAAGGUCGUCAGGGAUCUAAAGAGAUGCUCGGCUCUGAGUCGAAUGCAGUAAUAAUGCAUGAGAGGAGCACACUGGGGCUGCAGUAUGAGUCAGUAUGUUUGCUCUUUGAGUUGAAAAUGGAAGAUUUGUUGAUAUUCUGUUACUGUAUUUUGUCUUUAUUCUGAUUAUAUUGCUAAAAUUACUCUGUUCAACACAUAAUAAACAUGUUUACUCGA